AUGGGCAAUACAAACUCUACUCCUGCUCCAGAAUCAGAGCCCGCCAGUCCUCCAAGGUCACCGACACCACCCCGUGCACCUACACUUCCGAUACCACGAAUGGCUCCAAUGCCAGCCAUGCCAGAGAUGCCUCAAACAUCCCCAAUCCCAAAUACCCCGUCCCCAAACGAACACCGCCAGCGUAACACAGUCAUCACCACAACCCACGAAGCAGUCCGGGGCACCUACACCCUCAGCGACUCCCUCUCAAUCACCACGCUCUCCGGCUCCAUAAACAUCACCAUCACCCUUGACCCCUCACAACUCUCCAACCCAAACAUCACCUACUCACCCCAUCUCACCCUAAAAUCCACCUCCGGCUCCAUCCGCGUGACCAUGAAAGACGCCCUCCCUAACUCCAGCACUCAUCUCCUCCUCUCAACAAAUCUCAAGACCAUCUCUGGCGACAUCAUCGCCACCAUGCCGCACAGCAGCGAGACCACCAUACUUACAACCUCAGGCAACGUCAGUGCCCACCUCUUCACCUCCCUCCUAACGCCCCGCGAAAUCAAGAGCCACAUGGGCAUCGAGACCAUGUCCGGAGAUGUGCACUACACCCUCUCCGGGCCGCCAGGCUGCAAAUGCGAUUUUGGCGCCGCGUUCGAUAUCCAGUCGCGCAUUCGCACCGUCUCAGGCGGGGUGGAGUACUUGUCCGAUGAAAGGAAUAUUCAUGCUAUGAGUACGCAUUUCAAUGAGGUGGCGGGUCAUUCAGCAAGCCUGCGCGUGGUGUGUUUCUUGUGA